AGACGAGCGAGGGUAUAAAAUGACGAGAACAUCCUCUCAAUCUAUCUGCUUUCCUGACAGUCAUAUAGGGAAAUUAAGAUUGUGCCAUCUUUACAGGCCAACUUCACUAUGCCGAUCCACGGCCUUGUCAUCGCAUACCGGAAACCCGACACCACCCCAACAGAAUUCCAAAACCACUACGAGAAUAAUCACGUCCCAAUUCUACAACGACUAGCAGGUGAAGACUUUUUCCUUAGUCAUCAGCGGUUCUACCUUGCUCGCGGUGAAGCGAUUCCGGCCCCUGCCACGGUGGUCUUGGGUGACGAUCAGGACUUCGAAUAUGACGCUUUAACUAUCGUCACAUUUAAAGAUCAAGAGCAUAUGAACCGUUUCUAUGCUAAGAUAGGCACCCCCGAGGCCAAAAAAGAGAUCGAGGAAGAUGAGGCGAGGUUUCUAGAUCGGACGAGACUAAAGGUUAUUCUAAUUGGAGACGUGAGGAAGACUGUAAACGAGAGCGCAUAACUUGCUCGUUUAAGAACCAAGGAACGUGAUUUUCAGUAUCAGAGGGGAUUUCAAACAAGAUUGUCCGUACGCAUUUUGUAUUUUCGUGGAUCGAGUUUGUGUAUGACGCUUUCUUUUCUUCACUCUACAUGUUAUUUAAAGCUCCAAGGAUACAUUGAAGAGAGCGAUGUACAGAAACGAACGCGAGCUAUUGAAAUACCCUGGAUCAUAAAAUCUAAAUCUAAAAUAUGGGUAUCACUUGCGAAGUGGGA